CUUGUUGUUUUGUUUCUACAUCUUCAUUGCAGGAGUGAAUAAUGUUUUGCAUUACUCAUCUGAUGGAGAUAUUAUCAUUGGAGGUCUUUUCUUAAUCCACUCAAACACCAACAGGACCGCUGAGCUCACUACAAUGGACUGGUCCAGUUCGGUUUCAUGUGAAAGUUUCAGUGUGAAUUCCUUCUUGCAAUCCCAAGUGAUGAUUUUUGCCACUGAAGAGAUAAACCAGCGCAGAUCUAUCCCUAACCUCACUUUGGGGUAUGACAUAUAUGACACAUGUGGAGAUGUAAGCUUUGCCCUCACAGCCACACUGCAGAUGCUCAGAACUGGUCAGCCAGACUCUGGGAGCUGUUUUAAGCCCGAAAACAUAGAUUCUUUCCACAGUAAAACCAAAGUGCUCAUUGGAGCAGGAACCUCAGAGCUGUCCACAGCCGUGGCCCGAGUGACUUCUAUGGCUUCACUUCCUCAGAUUUGUUAUUCCUCAACCAGUGAGCUCCUGAGCAGGAAGAACAAAUUCCCCACUUUUAUGCGAACUAUAUCUAGUGAUGAAUAUCAAGCCAGAGCUAUUGCAGAGCUGGUCAGUCAGUUUAAAUGGGAGUCAGUGGCCAUUGUGGGAAGUGAUGAUGAGUAUGGGAAGUAUGGUACUGACAGUCUCAAUUCACUUUUCAAGAACAAGAACAUCUGCAUUGAAUUUCAAAAAAUACUCCCUGGGGAUUUUUCUCAAAACGAUAACAAUAACGUGCUUUCUGAGUUAUUACAAUCAAUUAGGACAUCUACAGCAGAAGCCAUUAUACUGUUCACACGUGAGAUCAAUGUUAAAAUCAUUUUGAAUGAAGUAAUGAAACAAAACCUUAGUAGAACAUGGAUCGCAAGUGACUCAUGGUCCACGUCCAUAGAGCUCUUUAGGCUAAAUGUUACUGGGGAUGUUUUUGGAUGCAUUUCUAAAAGGAGUGAGGUCUUAGGAUUUAAAGAAUAUGUCAUAAAUAAGACCACUGAGUAUAACACCACAUUAAAGACUUUUAAUGUCCCAUGUCCAGACCAGUGGUGCCUGGUACCUCACAUUGAUCAAGAUACAUCGUACAACAUCUACUUAGCUGUACAAGUAAUAGCAGAAAGUUUGAGGCAGUUACUUAGGUGUGACAACCAACAGUGUGAGCGGACAACACCCUUUAAAGCUUCAGAGCUAUUCCAGGAAAUGAGAAAAGUUAACUUCACUGUAAAGAACACAAGUAUAUUCUUUGACAAAAAUGGAGACCCAAGUUUGGGGUAUGAUAUUUUGUACUGGAACAUUUCUGGUUCUCCAAAAAUUCAAACUGUCGGCGAGUACUGGCCUAAUGGACAUUUUAGCAUUUCAGACCAUCUUGUUAAACAAAAAAGCAAUGCGGAGGUGAGUGCUCUUCUGUAAAAUUAUAUGAAGCAUAACUGGACACUUACAAAGAAAAAACUACAUUUUUAAAGGUGUCUGUGUUCAACUGCUCCAAAACAUGUGACCCUGGACAUGAGUUAGUGUCUGAAAGAACUUGCUGUAAAC